AUGAGAGAGUGGACGGACUUGGACAUGAACUUCUGCUCAGCGGGAGGUUUUCUCCCCGCCUCGGACUCUUACUGCCCCAUGGAGCAGCCACAGUUCUACGACAUGUUGGCAGACCCUCUGGGCUACCCUCUGCCGGACCCGGACCUGCACCUGCUCCCUCACAGCCCACAGCAGUACAACCCAGCCAGUCUAUCCUUUCCGGUAUACGGCUCGCCGUCGUCCUCCACGUCCUCGUCCUCCUCGCAGCCCACACUGUAUCAUUUGGGCCCUGACUUCUUGGAGGGGCCCUACGAUCCCACUCCGCUUGAGCCGCACUGUGGAGUCCCGCCUCAGGGCCUCCUUCCUACGGCACGAAGAUCCAUCGGUAGAAUCCGAGCUCAUGACGAACUGUGUGUAGUGUGCGGGGAUAAAGCGUCAGGGUAUCACUACAACGCGCUGACCUGCGAGGGAUGCAAAGGUUUCUUCAGGCGCAGCGUAACCAAAAAGGCAGUUUACCACUGUAAAAGAGGCGGCGGCUGUGAGAUGGACAUGUAUAUGAGGAGAAAAUGUCAGGAUUGUCGACUCAGGAAAUGUCGCGCGGUGGGAAUGCUGGCUGAGUGCCUCCUGACGGAGGUUCAGUGUCAGUCCAAACGACUGAGGAAAGGAGGAAGAGGAAGCCGACAGGGAGAAGAGCAGAGUGUAGACAGCAAGCAAGUCAGUUCCACCAGCAGACUUAAUGAUUGUGUGCCGCAGAAGGUCGUUGCAUGCAGUUUAAACCGGGAACAGAAGCACACCGUCGACAAGAUGGUGGAGGCUCAUCGAGUGUGUCGAGUUCAGUACAACGACCACUGCAGGGCGUUUGAUUGGAUGCAUGCAGAGGAAGGGGAGGGACUUCCGGAGGCUACAUCAUCUCACCUGCAUAGGGUGCUGCAGUUUGCCAGGACCGUGCCCGGUUUUGAUUUGUUGGACCUGUCAGACCAGCGCUGCCUCCUCUCAGCAUCUUCUCUGGACCUUAUGUUUCUGCUGUCCGCCCAAAACUUCGCCAGUAACCCGACUGCAAGGCCCACUGCAGUGCUGCAGCUUUUCAGCACAUCAACACACGACUGUCUGAGAUUCUUUGGCUCAAAGGACAAUAUCCAAAGACGCGGUGAAGACCUCUUGAGCCCUGUGCUCAACUUCUUUCACAGCAUGGUGGCGCUGCAGGUGACGGAGGCAGAGUAUGUCCUGCUUGGUGCCACCGCUCUUCUCUGCUCAGACAGUGCAUCGCUGCUGGCCUCCAGCUAUGUGGAAAAAAUGCAAGAGCUGAUUCUGGACCUGCUGUCCCGCAUGUGCGGGAUUCGGGCUGGAACGGUGGGUGGCAGGCCUCAGAGGUUUGGUCGUCUUUUGGGACGGCUGACGGAGAUUCGGACGCUUCGUCACAAUUACCAUCUCCUAAUCCAACACAACUAUGGAGCCUAA